AUGUCGUCUCUGGCGCCUUCCUCAUUCACUGGUCCGCCGACUGGGUCCUUUCAAGUGCUGUGGCCUCCGCGUGAUGACGUCAUCGCCGCUCCGCUCGGCACGGUGCCAGUUGACUUCUCCUCUCCGCUGCCAGUGCCUCUCAGCACGAGAGGCGACGAGCCAGACUCCGUAUCGCGAGCAGGCACUGGCAGCAGCAGCACCUUCGAUGGACCCUUCAGCCCCUUGGCGAUGGUAGGCGUGAUGCACCGAGGCAGCACCGGUAGCGGUAGCGGCGUUGGUGCUGGUGUUCUGCGCGGGUUACUGACGCCAGCAGGCUCUUUCACUGCAGCACAUCAGCAGGCUCGGUACCCACCGCGCCAGUGGCAAGCUCGCAGUACAUCGCCAUCUGCGGCGGUGCGAAACCCGCCCAACUCUUCUCUGUCUUCGAGUGCUGCUGCCACCGGUGCUCCCCCGGCUGCUGCCACGACCGCAUCCGGAAUCGCCUCUCCGCAGAGCCGAAACCCCGGGCCCAGCAGCCACGGCGCAACACGGCUUGUCAGCUCCCACGGCAUCCAAGACGAUAGCGCAGCGCCGCCAAGAUCGUCGCGCGCAAGCCUGCGUUGGGUGGUGGAGGAACCAACGCAUACCGGAGGAAGGGAAAUGGAUGGCACACUCGCUGCCACUCUCGGUCAAGUGAACGCCUCCGACGGGAGCGGCGACUGUUCUGCAUCGAUGCAGCCUUCCUCGGCACAGCUGACGCUGGCAGCGACAGUGAACUCGUCUGUCCCGCCUUACACGUCAAGAGUGUGGCAGGCGUCUACCACGCCGCCGUUUCAGUACCCACCGCAGGCACCUUGUACGGGUCACCGCGCCGACUGCAUCGGAACAGGUGGCAUUAGCGGUGAAAGGACCGCGUCCCCCCUACCCAGCUCUGUCGCGGCGGGCACCGCAGCUCUCAGUGGUGCGACGGAGGGUACAGCGCCGAGGUCAUGCGUGCCAGUGAUGCUGCCCACCUCAUCUUCGCUGUCGUCUUCAUCCUUGCCCAUGCGCCCGCCAUCCCACGCCGGCUUAUUAGCAGCGGCGCCGACUGCGGGGUCACUGCCCAUGACCUCUAUAAAGCGCAUUGCCACCGGCGCGGGGGCCGUCGGCAUGGGCAACGCGGUUGCCUGUGCCAUUCCAUCCCUGUGCGAUGCCUCCGUGGCCAGACUGCGACACUCAGAUCCAGAAGCCCGGGCUGCAGCUGCAGAGCUCGCAGAUGGGCAACAGCAGCCGCAACACUGUCAGCUUCAAGGGCACAUUGGUGUGGCUGUGGAUGUUUCAGCAGUGGUGGGCAGCUGCGAGGGGAGCGAUGGCGCUGGCAACAACCGCAGUCCCCGCCAAAGUCGACCGCGCGGGUCGGUGAGUGCAUCGAGCCACGCCUUCCGUGCUUGCCGUUCUCAGCAACCGUCGCGGCAGCUUGCUGAGAGCGGCAAGCACGUGGACGGCGAGGAGAAGGGUAAGCCAGCCCACCAGCGGUUGUGGCUCUCCCACGAUAACUCUGAACUCUCUGGCUUGGGCCCGAGCAGCAGUGCGCCCGGCGCCUUUUCGAUGGACUGCGGGCGCGACAGAGAGGCCCCUCCGUUUGUGGCGGCGCGCUCGUGGUCGUCCUCCCUGACGGAGAGUUCAUCACGCUCUCCGUUGGCGGCCUCGGUGGCGCAGUUACACGGCUGCCACACAGCCUCCACGGCGGCAGCGUUGGGUUUCAGUACCCAGACACCUCCGCUAGCUCUAGUGACAGUGCCUUCCGCAGCGACGUCGACGGCGCCCCUGGCACCCCCAGCGCUCCCGUCGUGGAAGCGAGGGAAGCUGCGGCGACUCGCCGCCCCAUCGCUCGGGGGUGCGGGUUUAGUUGGGCGGAAGCUGCCGCCUACCGUAUCGGCGGCGGCGUCGAUCAUUCAAGGCCGCUCUCCCCGCACACCGCGUAGCCAACGUGAAGCGCAUCUGAUGUCACUAAUGCGCGUUGCUCUCAUCGAUGCGAGGAGCGUGCGUAGCCACCUGGAGGAGCUGCGAGCUCUUCUCCCUAAGCAUCGCUCUGGCCCCGCGGGGGCGACAACGGCGCAGGACAUCAGUGGCGCCAUCGCCGGCAACAGUGAGUCUGCCGAGGCCACCUACCGCGCCACUGCCGCUGCCGCAGUCGACACCGGCCACGCACAACACACGGGCCCAAGCGGAGUGGCAGACGUUAGGGCGGGCGACGACGAUGAGGCAGGAGGGGUGGACAAUAUGCUCAAUAGCAGCGACGAUCCCGUGGGCAUCGUGGAGUGGACAACAGCCAUGAGCCCGGCCAGCUUCUCUCUUCGGCAGAAGGUGCUGAGAGACAAGAAGACUGAUGGCAUCGGUGGGGGUGGGGACGGUGGCAGCAAUAUUCUGCAAGCUCGCGCAAACGAUGGAAAGGCCUCUUCCCAGCUGCCGUGCUCACAGGGCUUGCACUGGAACGGCAGUGAUGUCGACGGUGACGGCAACAACGACGGCGACGGAUCGCCAGCGGCGACGUUCAACGUUAGAGGCCUCUACACAUCGUCGCUAAACGGCUAUCGGCAUCAGCGGCUGACGCGGCUUACUGAGCAGCACCUCAAGUCGCUAUGGCUGGGCAUCAGCGUCGUCGCUAAGUCGGUGUGUGGCGUUGCGGUUGAGGACUGUGCGCGGAUGGCGCUCGCACAGGGCCAGGCGCCGAUGGAUGAGCAGGCGCUGGGCUCGCCCUGUGAAAGGGGCGCCGCGAUGUCUGCAACGCCGCCGUCGCCGCCAUCUACCGCCGUGACGGCCUCGCCAACCCCAUGUGACCCACCGAAGCCGAGCAGCGCUGCCGUCACUGCGCAAGAUGGGGAGGCCACGACGGCUAAGAAUGCGUCCAGUGGUGCCUCGAAGCCGCUCCUGUCAGAAGACCCACCCGACACCAUCCCCUCUUUCCACUUCUCAAGCCCUGCGCUGGCAGCGGCACCGGCAGAGAGACGAACUCUCGCGUGUGGCGAGCAGGCGCCGACGACGGCCGCCACGAUGCGACGACUGGGCGGCCCCAUGAGGGGCAACCCAUCCUCGGGUCGCCACCGCGAUACCCAACACCGAUGUUUUGACGAGGCAGCGCUUCUGGACAGCGUCUCGGCGGGCGGCAACGGUAGUGCUCCCUCGUCCCUGCUUGGACGCACCGCCGUCUUGGCCGCUGCCGCCAACGGCUCUCCCACUGUAUUCACAGGCGACGAGGAGGGCUCGCGAAUGAGCUUCUCGUCUUCCACCGCGGCCCCCACCUCCCUGGCAAGGCGGACAAGCGCGUCCCCGAGCACGAGCACCGCCCUGGCACAGUGCACCUACUCGGACUGCUACCGUAGCGGCGACAGCAACAGCAGCAGCCACCACCACAGCACCACAUCCCCGACGUCGUUGUCGAAGUGGCGGAACACGUCCCCGUCUGGCACCAUCUACAUCCACAACACCAUGACAAGCCUCAGCAGCGCCGAGACGACCAGCGUGUUGGACGACGCCCCCAGCAGCAGUGGGAGCCGCAUGCACAACUCCAGCAGCAGCUCUAGCGCUCGCGGAGGUGGUGGUGGCUACGCUGUCGGUACUUCGGGCAGCGCGCUCUCGGGCUUGCCGAGGCCAGCGAUACCAACGACAGCGAUGACGGGCGGUGGAGGACAGUCAUUGUACACGCUUCCCUCCACCCUCCUCCCUCUCCCGGCGCUGCAGCAGGGUUCCCUGUCGCAGUUGGCACCGUCCACACGAAUAGGCGGCGCUGCCCCUCCCAAUAACUACAGGCCACCGCCGGUCGCAACGGUAACCCACCUCUCCCCUCCGCUGCAUCAGCCGCUCGCCCACGGCGGCACCGCUCCCACCUCAGCCCCGCCUACCGCAGUGCCUCACCACAGCCCUUCCAGCGCGUGGUACUCGGAGGUCGGCGUGGACGGUGGUGCCGCCGACAUCAGCAGUAGCUGCCCCCUUGCAGCUGGGACAUCAGGGUCCAUGUGGAUGCUACCGCUGCCGUCGCCCGUACCCCCUCCCCCACCGGUGGCAGUUCACCCUAGAGGCACCACCACUCGCGGCGGCGGCGGUGGUGCCUCUAGGGUGUCGGCCGUGGUACCGACUGUGCCGAGUGCAUCGUCCACCUCGUACGGGGCAGCGAACAGCGGUGCUGGCGGUGGUGCGUCUGCCUUACAGAGGCCGUGCGCGCGUUCUUCAGGCGUGGUGCCGGCGACGCCCUUCACCUCCCCACCCAGCGCGACGUCGACGCCCACGCUGCUGUUCGCCAUGCCGUCCCCUCCCGUCAAGGCACCGUUCAUCAAGGUGCAGCGAGAGGAGGUAGCUGCUGACACGACGCCUGAUUUGGACUCCAAUGCACGCGCCGGCAUCGUGCCGUGCGCUGCUGCCGUAGUGACAGCGGCAAUGAGUGCCAGCGGUACCGCGAUCCAUGCACAAGGCGAGGGCUGUGGGCGAGCACCGACCUCCUCGGCCCUACCACUGACAGGUCACGAAAGGCCUGGUGAAAUUGGCAUGGAGGCGCGCUCAGGAACCGCGCUCCCGCCCAGUUCCGCCGCGGCUGCUGCCGUGGUAAUGGUGGCUCAGGAUGAGAUGAGCAGAGCACCGCACAACGUUGGCGCGGCAGCGACACUGCCUCCGGCCAUUGCUUCCUCGCACGACACGCAGAUCGAGGGCGAGCGGAGCGAUGUGCCACCUACCUAUGGAUCGAUGGAGCUUAUUGCGUGCGAGAGACACGGCAGCGAUGACAUCCCCACUCCGUCCGGAGCCGCGCUGGUGAUGAUGCCGGACUCUCUCCUGACUCGGCAAAGCGGCGCCGAUACUUGCACCUACUACAGCCCAGUGCUCCGAAGCGCUGCCACAGGUACGGCAGCGACGUUCGCUCUUUCUGCGGAUGGGGACAACCAGCUAGAGGAGAGUAGCGAGAGUGACGGCGCCGACGCUGCGGGAAAGGCGCCUCACAAACUGCCCGCGCAUGCAGCAUCAGAGGGGGCGGCGAGGGCGGGGAAGGUUUCACGUGAAGAUGUGAUUGACGGUGCCGGCGCCUCUUCAGGAUUCUCGAAUGUUUACGAGUCAGCAGCCUCGCCGCCGUCGUUGCCACAGCGACAGAGUGAGCGUGGUGCGGCUUCUGCAGCUGCGCAUCCGUGCGUGGCACCUGCAAGAGGCUUGUCAUUCUCAUACGCAACCAUCUUAGCUUCACGGGCGGAGGCCGCCUCAGCCGUUGCAACAACGAUGACAGUCGCAGAGGCCUGCAUAUCCUCCUCUGCCCCUUCAGCAACACCACCGCCGCCCCCGCGAGCAGAACCGCAACCACGGCAUCGAGACGAUGGCCGAUCCUCCCCACCCCCAAUGCCGACCUCCGACUCCGCCCUUCACGACCUGCGCGGUGGCGAGGACGCGGAUCGAACUGUGAAGCGCAGCAGCAGCAGCAGCGGCAGCGGCAGCAGCAACAUUGUCGUGGGCAGCACCUUGCAGACACCCCCACAGGUGGCACUACCGGGGACCCCAACGAAGGAUCGGUCGUUGCAUGCGGUGCCUCAAUGGGCACAACUGCAUCCUCCGCAGACGCCAACAUCGACUACCACAUCACUGGAGACGCGCUCGGCCGAUAGCGCUGGCGUGCUGUGGAUGCAGACAGGGGAUGAGGAAGAGGUCAACGCGAUGAGUGCGCUGGCGUGCGCCGCAUCGCUGCCGGUCCAUCCCAGCAGCUCCGCGACAGACGAGCGCGAAUCAUGCCCGCCUCCCUUUCUGCCAACGCUGACCGAGCUGAUACGCACUGAAGUGGUUCACAGCACUCCAGCAACUGAAGCGAAGCUGCGCGAGGGGGCCACUCUGGCGAAGCAGUUCAAGGGAGAGGAGUCUGCAGCCGACACCCCCAGCUCUAUGGUCCCCUUCCCGACACUGCAGUCGUGGGCGGCACACGUUGGCAGGCAUGCCGGUCUCUGUAUCAGCUCGGCUGCAGCGGCACUCGACGUGGAGCAGAGCGAGGCUUUGACCACAAGUCUGCAGUUGUCUGGCUCGGUGUGCAUGCCUGCAUACGCGGACAGGUACACCGGCGAAGAUUGUGGUGGGGCAAGCGAGGCUAAGGAGGCGAAGGGGGACGUUGCCACGGACGAGGCUACUGUCAGGGACAGCGAAGAUGGCCGUGACCUGCUCUCCUUCUACGUGAACAUCGAUGCACAUGACUUGCCGAGUCCCUCUCAGUGUGCAUCUGCGCGUCAUCAAGCGUUGCAGCAACAUCAGCACCACCAGCACCAGCUGAUGCAGACUUGGUCUAGCAUCCUCACUAUCAGCUCCUCAGGGCACUCGGCUGCGACGGCGAGCUCACUUCGAACAACCCUCACAAGCGUGACGCUGAGUGCCAGCAUGGCGGCGCUUGGGUCACGACUGAACACGUCCUCAACGAUGACGUCUGGGUCCUCGACAGCGCUGCCGUCAGUCGCGGAGACCAUUCUGGGGAUCAGCGUUGCUGCCGGCGGUGGCGGUGACGUUGGCGCCGCAUGCGACACGGAUUUUGAUGCGCCGUGCUUAAGCACAACGUUUAACUCGACGUUCACCUCCACAGCAAGAACGCAGCACGUGCUGAGUCGGCUGAAGCCGUUGCCGCAUCUCUCACCGCCUCAAAACUACCCCUUCCCACUGCUGGGGGUGUCCUCGCCGUACGUGCUUGACUACAGAGGAUUCGAGGAAGACGGGGACGACGUCGACACGGACAGCUACACGCAAGACACCGAUGACACUGACCUGCUCGGCGCCGACCCAGAAUUUGAGGAUGAAGGGCGCCACCGCACUGAAACGCCCGUCUGUGGCGAGGCCAGCGGCGGCGGCUCUGCAUACGACGACAGCGGCGUAGAGGAUCGUGGCGCGGUCGCCAAGUCGGCAGCCUCGCCCUCACAGUGUCACGAGGACGGCAAGGAUGGCGUGGAGGCGUCACCGACACAACCGCUUCCGGAGAGUAGUACGAGCGAGGCGAAACCGUUCACUACGUUGGCCGGCUCCACAGCUGUCGCCGUUGCCGGAGCGUCAGGCCAGUGCGGUGCUGCGGCGCCCACCCGUCACGACAGGAGCAGUCGAGGCGGCAGAAGCGGCGUCAGCUCGCACGCCAUCAGGACGGCAGCAUUGGAAUCGCAGGCGCUGCCGACCGCGCCGUUUCCCGAGGGUGCCUCCCUCCUCACAGCCACCGUUGACGAUGGCGGCGCGAGAGGGACGAGUGCCUAUGCCGUUGUGACCUCAAGGGCAGCGCUGGUCCAAGCGUCGAGGGCGAUCGAGGAGGACAAGGAUGAGGACGACAACACCACCGAAGACGGCACUUCCUCAGCCCACCUCUCGAUGCGCUCUCUUGGGGUUCCGAUGGCUCAACUUCCAGCCCCUGUCGGGGCGGACUCGACAACGACAGCCGCCGACACAGUGACUACACUGGUAGGUAAGGGUGAAGCUAAUACCAUCUUGGAAGGUCGUGGUGACCCUCUCGGGAUGGACAAGGGUAUCCAGAUGGCUGCUGCAAUGGCACCCUCAGCGCAGGCCGCGUGCGACGUCGAGUCGUCAGAGUUGGAGGACGCAGCUUCGGUGGUGAUGGUGGAGGUGACAAGAGAACACACAGAGGAAGCGCUGACGGUUGGGGCAGUGACAUUUCUCGUGGCAGCAGCGGCGGCAGCUCCAAUAGCGCUAUUACAGACAUCACCCUCCUCACCAUCAUCGUCGUCUUCUGAUGCUCAUGCCACUCCCGUUCGUUGCUCGCACGAAAGCCAGUCGCGUUGUCCCCCACCCGCGUUGCUCGUGUCAGGGCCGAUAGACCGCGUCAGAGUUGACACCGCCGCCUUGUCGCCUUCAGCCGGGAAAGAAAAACUGAAGAAGAGGCACGACGGUGACAGACGCGCCGCAGAUGCAAGUGCUGUGCUCAGUGGUGCUUCACUCGAGACUGGUGGUGCAUUACCGAUCACAUCUACACCGCUUGCGGUGACGACGGCGCUUCGGGCAACGGGCGCCUCUGGCAGUGACGGUCUUAUCCCUUGCCUUCCCCCGGAGGCGGCAAGCAGCGCAGCGCCGGCGCGGGCACCUUCCACAAUACCGCUAGAGCCGCGUGAGCGGCCCUCACCGCCGUUACCGCAAACGCGGUUCUCUCUUCCGUCCUACUACCUCGCCCAGUGCGAAGACGGCCUUGCAGACGUCGCUGGAAGCCUCCACAGAUGGCAUGCAGAGACUUCAGCUUUUUUCCCAGAGACGGAAAGCGCCUCCACGCCGUGUCGGACACACGGUAGGCGGAACGGCUCCUCAGGUGGGGCAGCACACCUGUACCUCUCCAUAUCCGCGCUCGCGCGUCGCCGCGCACAACAGCGCGCAUUCUACAACAGCGCAGGACUGAGUGGCUCCGCUGCACUGCCACCCAUGAAGGCCACGGCGGUGGACAUGUUAUCGUCAGCGUCAGCGAUGCCUGUGUUGCCGUCACGUGCUAGCGCGACUCCUGAUGACACUGAGAAGGCAGCCACAUCUCCGACCUUGUCCAGCGCGGCGGCCGGCGCCACGCACAACGAUCGACUCUUGGGAUCAAUGGUACGCGCUUUGUGGCUCACUGGCGGCGGUGACGACGGUGGUGGCGCCUGCUGA